UAAUGAGAACCGUGACGGUCUCGGCCCCUGAUUUGUUGUACAAUGUGUUAAAAUUCAAGUAAGAAGCAAGUUAUCAAACCAAAUUACAUAAAAGAAAAAAGAUCCCAUUUUGCUUCAACAAUAGUACGUUAAAGUACUUGUCUGAUUUUUUUGUUUUAUGUUCUGUUUUUUUAUUUGGUUUUGUUAUUAAGCUUUGGAGUUUGGACUAUCAUUUUUGUUUAAAGUUGCAUCAAGGGUGGGUUCUGGUUUUGGGAAAAGAAAAAAAGUAUGAUGAUGGCUGGUCUUAAAUUGGGUUCACUUCCACCAGCAGUGUUAGGAGGAGUCACAGUAACAAAGAAAUGUGAAAGAUUUAGUGGUGGAGUUAGGGUGGUUGGUGAUGGUGGUGGUGUAAAUGGGUUCCCUUCUUUUCUUCCUAAAGAGGUUGAGAAAAUCAAAGACUCUUUUGCAAGAAAUUUGGCUAGGAGAAUAAAGAGGCUCCCAGUUCAGAUUGAUGGUUCUGAAAGUUUUAUAAUGAGUAGUUGUGUUCAACCACUAGUACAAAGUGAUGCCAAUCCAGUUGUUCUUCUCCAUUGCUUUGACAGUUCUUGUUUGGAAUGGAGGCGUGCUUAUCCCUUGCUUGAAGAGUCUGGCUUGGAGGCAUGGGCUCUUGACGUUCUUGGGUGGGGCUUCUCUGAUUUAGGAAGGCUUCCACCAUGUAAUGUAGCAUCUAAGCGAUACCACCUCUAUCAGUUUUGGAAGUCGUACAUCAAAAGGCCGGUAGUAUUAGUCGGACCAAGUCUUGGUGCUUCUGUUGCAAUUGACUUUGCAGUAAAUUGUCCUGAUGCUGUUGAAAAGUUGGUUUUGAUCAAUCCAAGUGUAUAUGCAGAAGGCACAGGAAACCUUGCAAAGUUACCGAAAGUAGUAGCCUAUGCUGGGGUUUCGUUACUAAAAUCAUUCCCUUUACGCCUUUAUGCAAAUUUAUUAGCUUUUGAUGGCAUACCACUAUCCAAGAACUUAGACUGGACUAAUGUUGGCCGCCUACAUUGCCACAUGCCUUGGUGGAAAGAUGCAACUAUCAAUUUUAUGGUUAGUGGAGGCUACAACGUAGUGUCCCAAAUAAAGCAGGUGAAGCAGAAAGCACUAAUCAUCUGUGGCGAGAAUGAUAAGAUAGUAAGCAACCAACUCGCAAUGAGACUGCUUUGUGAACUUCCAGUGGCAAGAAUGCAACAAAUACCAGAUAGUGGUCACCUUCCUCAUGUUGAGAAGCCUCGCCGUGUUGUGAAGUUGAUUGCAGAUUUUGCUCGAAGUCGAUAACUGAUGAAUGUGAGGACAAUUGCUCAGAUUUGCAGAAGGAGAUGCUUUCCAAUCUCCAUUAGUUUGCUGCUGGUUUUCAGUUCAUCAAGUAGUAACACAAUUGUGGAUUUCUAUCACUUCUUUUAAUUAGCUUCUUGGGUACAUGUCAUGUAGGACAUUUAUGUUUGAACUUACUAGUAUAUUAAAACAAGGGUAAGAAAAAAAUAGCAUUAGACAAGAUUUUUUUUUUUUUUUUUAUUGUCUUUUGAGUUACAGUUAAGGUUCAAACUCAAGAUUCUCAACUCUCGAAUUGAUUCCUGUAUCACUAAACUUACUAUUCAUUAAUGAUAUGAUUCUACGAAGAUUUUAGAGCGAUAAAUGAGAAAUAUUCAUAGGCAAUGAUUGGAGUGUAUGAAGGUUAAUC